AUGAGUAUAAAGUUGCCUCCAACACACAACGCAACAUCUGCUUCUUCCCCAUCCACAGUUCCUGAACUGGCAACUGAUGUGGACCAUCAGCUAGAUGGUUUGCAUCGAUCAAAGCCCGUUUACAAGUGCGACGUUUUCAGUCAUUCUGUGGUCGCAGGAACAUCGUUCCUUUCUCAAAUCCGCUUGCCUCAAUCCUUCACGGGAAGCUCGGUUUUGUGGGUAUCGCGAGAGACAGUCCCUUCUUCAUCCCAACAAAGCUUCUAUUGUUGUCAUACAAAUCACAGAUCACAUAUUCCCGUGAGGAAGCGCCCAGACUGUCCUACCGCCUGGGCCUGUUGCCAGCCUACGCCCCUAAUGGCCAUGCUACACCUGUCUCAGUUACCAGGUUGUCGACAACAAGGUGAACUUGAGAAGCGAGAACAAUCGGCACAUCCUUUGAGUAGUACAGAGUGGCCGGACUCAUCCCUCGUUUCGCACAACUACUAUCAGCAACAAGCCUUCACCCUACCCGAACCACAUCCGCUAUACUCUGAGGAGCAGUUCGAUCAUGAAUUCCCCAGCGUGCAGGGACAGACACUUACCCAUGGCUUCGAUAGCUGGUUGGCUAGUCCAACGCAUGGCGAUGGGCAUCAGGUGGAUCUUCAACACUUAGAACGGGAAGCAACUGCGCAAGGUCUAAACAAUACCGUUGCUUUCCCGUCAAUUUUCACUGCCGGUUCAGAGCCAUACAAGUUUCCUCCGACUCCUCUUUGUUCGAUUCGGGCCGAGGAUGCGAGAUUAGCUGACGAGGUAUUGGGCGGCCAUGGGCCAGACAUGCAUAACGCGCCAUCAAUUGGGUUGAAUGACUCGAGCAGUCUUUUAGGUGAACCUUUGUUACAGAAUCCAGACUUAACGCUCCCGCCUACGUCGCAAUACAUCUUGCCUGAGCCAACAUGGUCGGAUGAGGAGUUUGCGAAGCUCUUUCAGCCAGACCCUUUUGUUCCGGUCUUGGACUCUUUCCAUCAUAGUUGUGCUAAUCAGCCGCUCUUUGACAACUGUUCGGAGCACCCAAAGCCAGUCCCGAUGCAUAAUACGACUCGCCCUAAUGUUCAGAAUCAACAAAGCCUGUGGAGUGAUUCUAUUCUCAAUCAGCUAAAUUACACGAAUACUCCCCAGUCCUUGUCCUCAGAUGCCUUCCAUCAAACCAAUUCUCUUACCGACACAAAUUUGAUGGUCUCAAAUAACAACUGUGACACGACACUGUCAUCGUCUUCAGAGAGUGCAGCUUCCACUACUAGAUCUAUUUUGUUUGAUGGUCUGAGUCCUGACAUUGAUUCUACUGCGGUAGGGCGAAGAGGUGGUUCAAAGACCCAUCACCGAGCAACUAUCAAAGAUCGCGAACUAAUACGAUGGAAGAAACAAGGUCUGUCAUAUAAAGAGAUCAAAGCUCGCGGUGGAUUCAAUGAAGCAGAAUCAACCCUGAGAGGACGUUACCGGACACUUACAAAGCCAAAGCAUUUACGAGUCAGAAAACCGGAGUGGCAGCAAAAAGACGUACAGAUCCUGCUCGAAGCUGUCGACCGUCAUCUUCAGCAUUACACAGACGGCCAUGGUAUGGGAGAGAGGUAUUGCACUGAAGCUCAAAGGAAGGCAGCCAAAGUGCCCUGGAAACAAGUUGCCGAAUACAUGGAGAAGCGAGGUUGCUACAGGUACGGGAACGCAACGGUCAAGAAGAAGUAUCUCCAGGUUAUGGACAAUGCUCUCAAUCUUUAG